AGCUGAGCAGUUCUGUUGUUGCAAUCGCUGUUGCUUUCCUUUGUUUCGUACUCGUUCUUUUUCUUUUUGAAGUUAGCGACCUGCGCUUUUAGUGCUCCCCCACAUCCUCCUCCUCACGUUGACAUGGCGGACCAGUCGCGGGACUCCUCCCCGGACCCGGCGGAUGAUCGGCCGCCGGUGAACUUCGACUCGGUGCUGCGCUACCCGUUCCGCGAGAUGCGCACGGAGUGGUUCGACGACUACAUGGACAACAUCUCCUCCUCCAAGCGCAUCCCAGUGGCGACGCGGCUCAUGGACUGUCUGAUGGCACACACAGUGCUGCACGAGGACCCCUUUCUGGAGAAGGUUGUGACGGUGAUCUACAACCGUGUCGCGAACAACGAGGCCUUCCGCAACAUGACCGGUGUAUUUGGCGAGGCGCACGAGGUGUUCCGCAUCGUCUGCAUGACGGCGAAGUUCACCGUGUCCAGCGCCAGCGAGAAGAACGUCCUGCUGAACCUGCUGGAGCAGCACUGCACGCGCUUUCAGAUCGCGGCGCAGAAGGUCAAGUCUGACAACUCCGAGGCCCUCGUCGCGGCGGCGGAGCGCGUGACGGAGAGUGUGUUUUUCCUGCGCAAGAACAUGGCGUCGACCGACGCCUUUCGGCGGCUGAUGGACGCCAUCAAGUCCCUCUUCUUCAUCGUCAACACACGCAACGGUGUCUCGCCCGGCUCGUCGGACGGCAAGUCCGUCUUCAACACCUUCGUGUGCUGCGACGGCUGCCCUUGCUACGCGAAGCUGCGCACCGGGCCGACGGUCUUUCUGCGCGAUAUGGAGAAGAUCAAGAUUCUCGACUGUGUCAUGAUGGCUGCGACCAACGCAAAGGACGCUUUGAUGCUGGAGAUGGCGACGCGUUUUUUGCACAACUUCUGCAAGGACUUCAUGGAGAACCCGCACCUGGACGACAUCGGCAACCUCAUCCACAACGGCCGCCUCUUCUACUGCCGCACGGCGCUGUUUGACGCCCUCAACACCAUCACAUCCCCGCAGCCCGGCUUCGCAGACGUGCAGACCGCGAAAACAGUCAACUUGGACCGCAUCGUCCUGGCGCUGCUGUGGGUGAAGAACGAGGUGAAGGACAUCCGCAUCCUGUGCAAGCUCGUGCCGACGCUGAACGAGGCGCUCGCCUCCGCUGAAGUCGCGUACACCCGCCUGGACUCCGACGACGUGCUGCAGAUUCUGCACACGCUGAAGGAGUACAUCCUCGCCAUUUUUGCCGCGUUGAGCUUCCCAGAGUACCACCUUGCAGUCCACAGCCGCGACGUCUUCAUCGGAAAGCAGGCGGAUAUGAAGUGCGCCAAUCCGGCGUGCCCGGGAAGCACGAAAGAUCUCCUCAAGUGCAGCGGCUGCGACGUCACCUUCUACUGCUCGUCGGAAUGCCAGAAGGCGGAUUGGGACAAGCACAAAAACUUCUGCCACGAGAUCGAAUCCCGUCGCACCCAGCCAACGAGCGCAGCCUUUUGCUACAGCUCGCCGCAAGUAAUCAAGCCUGUGUCCUAA